AUGGAUAGGCCUGUGGAAAAGAUGCAUGUGAAGGAAUUAAAAGAAAUUCUUUUUAGGAAGAAAGUGAGCCUGAAAGGAUUAACAGUGAAGGCCCAACUUGUUGCAAAGUAAUUAGCAGCGUUUUUAACCCUCUGUUUUAUAUGAUUAAAUACACUUGAAAACCGUGUAAUGCACCUUUGUCUUUUGUCUCAUUAUUUUUUUUCUGUCUAAGUGAUUGCAAGUUUAAAAUUAGCGUCCUUUGUUGAUUUUUUUUGUGCAGAGUGAAGGAAGUACUUCAAAUGUGUACAGAUGAUCGCAGGCAAAAUGAUCAAAAUAAUCAAGCCACCGCCGUUGCACUUCGUGCUCGAAGCAAAAAGAGCGACUCAGAUCUUCUUAGGGAGAAUGAGGAAAAGUUUAGAUUUUGCCCCUCUGAGAAGAAUAUGGAAAAACUACUGGACGAUCUUCCUCCAUUCACGUAUAAUACCAUUGUGAAAUAUGUCCGAAACUCCGGUAAAAACAUUCAACAUUCCUCAGACUACAUGGUACUAAAGCCGUUUGAAGGUGGUGUCAAUUUUUUUAUUGAAGGAUACCUUCAUAACGUUGGGACCAAGAAUCACAAAGAGAGCAAAACCUUUUAUUUCAGAGCCCUUUGCUACCGAAGUCUACGGAAA